UAGUCUUGCUCCAUAUGAGAAGGUACUCCAUCAGGAGCGUCAGCAACAUGAACUCACCACCCAGUUCUAUCAAGCGCUACAACUACUUCUCCCAGCUUGUCAUAAACAAUUCUGUUCUCACUGCUGCUGUGCUAACUGGAACCAUCUUCUUGCUGAAAGCCGCUCAACUUGGCCCUGCCCAGCUUCUCGCAUGGUUCCAUUCAGUGCGGCAUGCCCACCUGUUCUCAGUCACCUUCCUUGCAAUUGCCCUAGGUACCCUCUACCUCAUGCAGCGCUCUCGCAGCGUCUACCUUGUGGACUAUGCCUGCUUCCGCCACACAUCCGAUUGCCGCAUCCCCUUAGCCUCUUUCGUCGAACACGCUCGCCAAGUGCCAUCCACCGACGACAAAAGCAUCCAGUUCAUGAAGCGCAUGCUUGAGAACUCCGGUAUCGGUGACCAGAGCUACCUCCCAACUGCUACCCACUACAUCCCGCCAUCUCACACGUUGAGCGAUGCCCGCGACGAGGCUGAGCAGGUUAUGUUCUCAUCCAUUGAUGACUUGUUUGCUAGGACAGGCAUCAGCCCUGAGGCAGUUGACAUAGUCGUCACGAACUGCACGGUUUUCAGUCCAGUGCCAUCUCUAGCUGACAUGAUCGUGAGCAAAUACAAGCUGCGAAGUGACGUCCGUAGCGUCCACAUCUCCGGGAUGGGGUGCAGUGCUGGGAUGAUCGCAGUGGAAGCCGUGAAAAGCCUCCUGCAGGUCGCCCCCCAGGGCGCGCAUGCACUGGUGGUGUCCACGGAGAUCGUCUCGUUUCUCAAGUUCUACACUGGGAGGAACCUUUCAAUGUUGCUACCAAACGUCCUGUUUCGCAUGGGUGGGGCUGCAGUGCUACUGUCCACAUCUAGGUCUAAGUCCCGCUUCAAGCUCAUGCACACCGCACGCACAAUCACAGCCGCCCAAGAUAGGUCUUACCAGUGUGCAUUCCAGCAGGAGGAUGACAAGGGUGAGGUUGGAGUCAACCUGUCCAGAGACCUUGUGGCUGUUGCUGGUGACACGCUGCAGGCCAACAUAACGGCAAUAGGGUCCCUGGUUCUCCCGUUGUCGGAGCAGCUGCAGUUCGUGCUCUCACUGAUAGCGUGUAAGUUGCUGAUGAACAGAAAGAUGAAGCCCUACGUUCCUGUCUUCCGGAUGGCCUUCGAGCACUUCUGCAUCCAUGCUGGUGGGCGAGCGGUGAUUGAUGCUGUCCAGCGCAGCCUUCGUCUGUCAGAUGAGGACGUUGAGCCAUCGCGGAUGACGCUGCACAGGUUUGGGAACACGUCGAGCAGCUCGGUUUGGUAUGAGCUUGGGUACAUAGAUGCUAAGGUUCGGAUGCGGAAGGGCGAUCGAGUGUGGAUGAUUGGGUUUGGAUCAGGGUUCAAGUGCAAUAGCGUCGUGUGGCAGUGCAUCCAGUCUCAUAGCAACCUCGACGGACCUUGGGCUGGUUGCAUUCAUAGGUACCCUGUAGGCACAACCAAAGUGGCCAGGUGAAUGCUUUGGUCGAGGUUUAAGAUAAGGGUCUUGUGUUGUGAACUGUGGGUGUCCUGGUUAUACAUGCAGAGGCUGAGAGUGUCUCAAGGUCUUUGUAGCAGCUCGAUGUAAAGAUUUUGAAUUCAAUAAA